AAUAUCUAUGUAUCGCAUUAUAAAUAAGGCGAAAUUAGAUAAACAUGUAAACUAUGGCAUUCAGGGUGAUCCGUUUGUUCAUUUUUUUUGUUUUAAUUAUGAAGUUGUCCAGCUCACAAUUCUAAAUGUGUUUAAUAUACGUCAGCGAGUAACAAAUUUAGUGUUGUAAUUUAUCGCACCAACAUAAUAAUGUGUAUAAGUGUGUCAAAAAGCCACUAUUUUUAUGUUAUUGCUGUAAAAGUAGUACAAUGUGUAUUUUGUUGCUAUGACAUUAUUUCACUAAACAUACUCUCCUUUUGAGCACAACGACGCUAAAAUGUCUAAUUUGGAAUUAUUGAGCGACCAAGGCUUACGACUGGACGGUAGACGGCCGAACGAAUUGCGUCAUAUUAAAUGUAAAUUGGGCGUAUUUGAACAACCCGAUGGUAGUGCCUAUUUGGAGCAAGGUAACACUAAGGUGUUGGCUGCUGUUUAUGGCCCUCAUCAAGCUCAAAGUAAGAGAGUGGACUUUAACGAGGUUGUAAUUAAUUGCCAGUAUAGUAUGGCUACAUUUUCAACUGCUGAACGUAAAAAACGUCCCAGAGGUGAUCGUAAAUCACAGGAGAUUACCCUUUAUUUGAGGCAAUCAUUGAAAGCAGCUAUAAGAACAGAGCUAUAUCCUCGAUCCCAAAUAGAUGUUUACGUUGAAGUUCUGCAAGCGGACGGCGCUAAUUAUGCCGUGGCUUUAAAUGCUGCCACUCUAGCCUUGGUUGACGCCGGGAUUUGCUUAAAGGAAUAUGUUGUAGCCUGCACUGCAUCAUUAAGCAAAAACAAUGUUCCCUUAAUGGAUGUAUCACAUUUCGAAGAAGUUUCCGGUGGACCAACUUUAACCGUUGCCUCACUACCUCUCUCUAAUAAAAUAGCUUUUAUGGAAAUGUCCCAACGGUUUCAUUUGGAACAUCUGCCUAAGGUGUUGGAACAUGCUUUGAAUGGUUGUCGUAAAAUAAAAGCUGUUAUGGAGAAGACUGUACGUAAACAUUUAAUGCAAAUGGGUUCAGUAGGGGAUUGGAGUAAUAUUGCUAAAUAAAUAUACAUGCGGACCGCAG